AUGGAUCCUACUAUGGCUGCAUCAGCAGCCCAGCCGCUCUCCCUAGUAUCGGAUGAGUUGGCACGAGACUCAGACGUGACUGUCUCAACGGGGGUGACCCCCCAGGCGGAGUACAAGGGGUUUGCUGCUCAUGUUGUUUCAGGUGUGUUUCUGGCUAUAUGGAUAGCGUGGUCUAUCCUCCCUGAGAAUGUUCUCCAUGCAUUGGGUGUAUAUUACUAUCCAUCAAGAUGGUGGGCACUUGCCAUUCCUGCGUAUGCUUUAGUUGUGCUGGCGUACCUUUACGUGGGAGUGUUUUCUUACAACACAGAGGUGUUGACAUUGCCCGUCUGUGACAAUCGAAAUAUUGUGGACCAUACCGGUGUCGUGAUAACAGAGUUACAGGAUGUGAAGCAUGUAGAAGAUGUGCUCAAGUAUACACAUCGGAGCACAAGCGGCAUUUACGAUCUCCCUAUCGGUGUUGUUGAUCAGAUACUGGGGUAG